AUGCUUUUUUCAUCUCGAUUUGUUGUUUUUUAUUUUUAUAUUUUAACGAAUAUAAAUCAAUGCAUAAUAAAUAUCAAUGCAAUAAAAUGUGAAUAUUCUGCCAUAGCUCGAGAUCAAAAAUUCGAAACAGAUAAAAUAAAACGUUAUAAAAGAUUUGUUCUUUUUCCUGAAUAUAAAUUAUGGUUAAAUGAUUGGCGUUAUUUAAAUAAUCCGAAUGAAUUUAUUUAUUGGAUAAGUAACUAUUAUCCGAAUAAAAUUGAUUCAAAUUAUGUUCGUUCAUAUAUUCAUCAUAUUGUUAAUAAUAUAAAUACAUUUAUUAAUAAUAAAAUCUCUUCAAUACGUCAAGCAUCAUCAAUAGAUAAAGCCAAUUUUCAUUAUCAGUUUUUUAAUUAUGAAAUUUGUCCCACUGAUGAUUCAUUAGCAACAACAUAUAAUGUAGAAACUAUUCAAUCACUGAUUAUUUAUCCACGUCAGAUUAUAAAAGAAAAACGUUACCGUGCUCAUGGAGGAAUAUUAUUAAAUCAUAAAAAUAAUUCAACGACAUCUACGAUGAAAUUUAAUAUUCAUCACACAUUUUUAAUUCAUCAAGAUUUUCAAUAUGAUCCAGUUGAAUAUAAAUGUAAUUCAGAUGAAACUCAUUGUUUUAUGGAUCUUUAUGCUGUAAUGUUACAUGAAACUCUUCAUGGGUUUGGUAUUGAGCAUACAGAAAAUAAAUUACCAAAUAAAAAUUUUCUUGCUGUUAUGCAUUUAUAUGCAAGUCGAAUAAUGUGUCAUGAUGAUAUUCGUGCUAUUAGAAAAGUUUACGGUUUAUCUGUUAAACGUGUUAAUUCAAUUUAUGAUGAUACAUGUCGAAGAGAUUUUCCUCUGAAUCCAUUACAAAAACAAUUUAAUAAAUGUCAUCGAUGGAUUAGUUUUUAUAUAUUUCAAAUUGCUUUAUUAAUUAGUUUUAUUUUAUUUCUAUUAACCAUUAUUUAUAUUAUAUUGAGAAUAAAUUAUUUGCAUAGAAAUAAAUAUGAUCAAUCAUCGAGUCCUCAAUCAUUUCAUUCACAACAAACAUAUUAUAAAGCACAUAAAACAGCAAUAAAUGCUUUUUUAUGGCAUAAUGAUUAUUUGAAUAAUUAA